GAGCGUUGCCAGGGUGACGGCAACUGGAGUGCAUGGCACGAGACGCCGAGGACGCGGACGCGGCGGCAGCAGCAGCAGCAGCAGCAGCAGCGGUGCCGGGGAGGAAUAAAGCGUGCCGGCGGGGCAGGAGCUCUGCAGGGACGGCCGGUGCAUCCAAAAAAAUGUUCCUUUACAAUGGUCCAGUGGAGAAAUCUCAUAACUUACCUACGAUCCAGAGCCAUAAGCUGCAAGAUAAGAAACAAAUGAAUUCUAUUGAUCUAGAUCAAGUAUGGAAUGUUAGAAGGAACAUACCAUUGGGGCAAUUAAAAACUGCAAAAACAUCAUCUACUUCUACUAAAUACUAUUCUCGUUAUGGUGAAGUAAGAGAUAAUACAAUUGAAAUGAAGCAAUCUUCAAGAUCAAAAGAAUGUCAGAUGAAUGGAAAGGCCUACGAUUGUCUGAAUAAACAGGAAGAGUUUGACUUCUAAGAUUCACAUAUUUUUCAUCCAAAAUGCAAGCAGUGUUAUUUAAAUUUCUGAUAAUUAAAAGGUGAAUGCUUUCACAUAUUUUAACUAAAUAUUUAAAUAUUUGAGAUUUAUUAUAGAAUUUGGUGUUGUCUUAGAAACAGGUAUAUUAAAAUGCUGCUUUUCAGCAUAAUUGAACUGAUUAAUUUGCAAAUUUGUAACAAUUUCCAAAAAUAUGGCUGAUAAUAUAAAUAAUGAACAAGUAUUUCACAAUUUUUAUCAACUUUCCAUUCCAUUCAAACAUUCCGUUACUUCCUUACAUAUUAUCUUAAUUUGGACUAGAAAAUUAAAAUAAACAUAUUGGUACAAAUAUAU